CCGCCUUUAUUUAUCAUUUGCAUAUGUUUAUUUGUACGAAGAUAUGGCCGCUCCCAACGUCUUCGACUUGUAUCCGGCUGAGGAGGAGGUAGAAGUUUCUCUGGUUCGGCGAAAGACGUCCAGGAGGCAUAACGGCGAAUCGAGCCAAGGACCUCCUGCCAAGAAGGUUCGAACAGAAGAUCUUUCCAAGGACGUGCCAACUGGGCAAGCUUCUGCCCAGCCUUCGGUUCCUGUUAAGAAGUAAACCCCACCUGCUACGACGAAUCCUCCACCUGCAGCCGCUAAAGAACAAUCCCAGCUGGCCGAAGCUCCUGGGGCCAAACUUUCAAACCGCACCUUGCGAGCAGCCAAGGACCGUCUUGCACACAUCGUGAGGUAUGACCGCUGCAAGGAUGUGAUGGCUGAGGCAGAGAAUAUGGGGGUUGACCAAAUUCUGAACAGGGCCCUAAACGAAAUUGCCAGCGCCUUGCUGACUGCAACUACUGCUCAUACCUGUGCCCAAGCUACCAUCGACCAGGCUCGGGCAAAGGCCAUCGAGAGGUACCAGGUGAAAGCUGCUGAGGAGCUUCAGGCUGCAGAAGCUAGGCAUGUUGGGGAGUUGGAGGUGGUCACUCAACAGAAGGAUGCUGCAGUGGCAAAGCUGGCAGAGGCUGAGUCUUCUAAGGCAGCCAUAAGGAAGCAGAGGGAUGACUUCCAAGAGUCCAGCCGUAUCCAAUACCGUGAAGUCAAGAGGCUUAAGGAGGAGCUUCUUGCUAAGGACAAGGCCAUAGCCGUUUUUGAGAGCCAAGUGGAGCAGCUUAACCUUACCAAUGCCAAAGAUCUGGAAAGGUACAAGAAUGUGACACUUUGGUGUUUCUACGACUUCUGGAAACACAACCGGGGUGCCAACUUUGACUACCUUCCAGAAGAUGCCAGGAAUGAUGAGCUGGCCCGCUGCACUGCUCGAUUGGCUAAAGAAGAGGAAAGAGCAAGGAUCCCUGUUUCCCCAAGCAUCGCUGGCGCAGAGGAAGGAGGGGUUGUUGAGGAUACGACCAAUCAAAAUGUUGAUAAAGACCCUCCUGCUCCUAAUGCUUCUUGAACUUUUUAUUUUUUCUUUCUUUAAUUACACGACCCACGGGUCGUGAUGUAAAGACUAUAUAUUUUUUUAAAUUUGCUGCAUGGGCAGCAAACUUUCCUUUUAUUUGAUCAAUUACAUCCAAGCGGUGAUGCUUGCGGUGUAAAAGACUGCAUUAUAAUGUUAUAAUAUUUUCAUUUACUAUAACA